AUGGAGUUCAAAUUUCGUGCCGUCGAUUAUGUCAAACCACCGUCAACCACGUCGCAUUCUCUUUCCCCGCUCACAUACCUCCCUCCUGAUCGAUCACUACAAUUGGACGGAAGUUUUUCUGGCUUGCGAAUGCCGUUAUCCGGUGAGGCGGCGCUGAGACGGGAGCUUGAGAAGGAGCAGAUCCGGUGGGAGAUUUUGAGGCGGAGAGAGUUGGAGGAGGAAGUGAGAAGGGAACUUGCAAUGGAGAGAGAAUUGGGGAUUUCAAUACAGAGGCCCCUGAUGAAUAUGCAGGGACUAAUGCCUCAUUGGUCCAGCUCAACUGUGAUGAACCCUGUUUCUCUGGCUCAUUUCGGUGCGUCGCAACCACAGUCGAUUUUCCCCCCUGCCGAAAUCAACCCUUCUCCGGAGAUCAGUGACAAGGGCAAAGUUAUAGUGCUGGCUAAGCCAGAUCCCGAACUCUUCAAUGCCAAGCGAAAAGCAACGACACCUCCUGUUUCUAAAAAUGAACCUCUUGCAUUUAGUUUGAAGAAAAAAUCGAAGGAGGAGUGGAGUUGUGCACUCUGUGAAGUUAAAGCUACAAGUGAGAGUGGUUUGAAUGCUCAUUUGAACGGUAAGAAGCACAAGGCCAGAGAAGCGGCACAGAGGAGGAAGAUUGCCAGGAGAAACAAAAAAAGUAGGAAAAAUGUGAAGGCUACUCAAACUGUUGUUGCUACCACAGAGUUAGGUGCUGAUGCAGUAAAAGAUCAACAACUUCUUCAACCUUGCACAGCCUUGGAAGUCAUGAAUGAAACCGUUAUUGACAAGGGUGUUGAAGAAAGUAAAAAAGAGGAGCAGCUUGUGAAGACCGUGACUGAUAAUGAAAAUAUAACCCAAUCUAAAAAUGAGGAGCAACUUGGGGAAACAGUGGAUGAUAAUGGUGGAAGUGUAAUAAAAUCCACAAAUGAGGAUAAGCUGGUGGAGAUGAUGAUCAGUAAUGAUGUCAUAAAAUUUGAAAAUGGGAGGCUGCUUGUGGAGAAAAGCCAGAAUGUAGGCUCUUUGGAGAAUAAAAAAGAUGCUGCAAUCGACGAAGUGAAGAAGAUAAAUGCAACAGAAUCAGAAAAUGAGACGUUUGUGGCGACGACGGUUGGUAAAAAUGAAUCUGAGUCUAAAAUUGAGGAGCAACUUGUGGAGACAGUGGCCGAUAAUGGUGUAAGUGUGAUAAAAUCCACAGAUGGGAAUAAGCUUGUGGAGAAGAAGAUGGUCGAUAAUGAUGUAAUAAAUUUUGAAAAUGGGAGGCUGCUUGUGGAGAAAAGCCAAAGUGUAGGCUCUUUGGAGAGUAAAAAAGAUGCUGCAAUGGAGGAAGGAAAGAAGAUAAGUGCAUUAACAAAAAGGAGAAAGGUUGAACCUUUGUGGUGUGAGAUUUGUCAAAUUAGCACUUUCUCAAAAUCUGUGAUGGAAGGUCAUGUGAAAGGGAAAAAACACAUAAAGAGAAUGAAGAAGUUUGGACAAAACAAUGUAAGUCCCCCAUCCACACUCUUUGUAUCACAAAAACCUUCUAGGUUGAUCAAAGAUGCUUAA